CCAGGGUUGCCGUUUUCCGCACAACACCGGUUGAGCGUGAGCAUCUUUCUAGAAAAGCACCAGUUAAAGUGAAAGAUACGGACUGUACGUACGAGUCGGCUGCACAGUUAACGUGAAAUCCGAGGAAGGCCAAUCUCUUUGAAGACAAAGAGUAUAAAGAUGCCUUCAGCAGCUGUUGGCAACAAUGCUGUCCAGUGUGCCAUCCCAGACCUGGGGAGUGGAAGUCACUCUGAGACCAUGAGGCAGUUUUUUGGUGUUAUUGACAAAAAAGUCCGGAAUAUGGAAAAGAAGAAGUCCAAACUGGACGACUAUCAAGAAAAAAAGAACAAAGGAGAGAGACUGAAUCAGGAUCAGCUGGAAGCUUUGUCAAAGUACCAGGAGAUCAUCAAUAACCUUGACUUUGCUCGAGAACUGCAGAAGAGCUUCCUGGCAUUGGGCCAAGAGGUUCAAAAAGCGGUGAAAAAGUCUGCUCGACGGGAGCAGCUGCAGCGGGAGGAGCUGGAGCAACGGCGGCUGAAGACCGUUUUGGAGCUUCAGUUCUUACUGGACCAGUUAGGAGACGACGGCGUACGACAGGACCUUAAACAGCCCGGUGCUUCGGGUGCCCCUCUGCUCACCGACGGUGACCUCACCUCCUUUGAUGAGUUUUACAAACUGGUGGGGCCUGAGAGGAACUGCGACAUCAGGUUGACUGAGCAGUAUGAAGAGGCCUCGCUGCACUUGUGGGCGCUGCUUGAGGGCCGAGACAAGCCUGUGGCAGGAACCACAUACAAGUCUCUGAAGAAGACUCUGGACAAACUGCUGUUGAGUGGUUACUUUGACAGACCAGAGGCUAAUCAGAACGGUGCAUGUGAGACAGAAGAGACGCAAGAGGAGCCCCCUGCUGUGGCGGCUGAGGCUGUGGUGACUGCAGAGCCCCCAUCAGAACCUGAAGGACUAAUUAACGAGAACUACAUCGAGGCUGUAAAGGUGGAACCCACAGAGUUUGUUAACAGACAGUUUGCUUCAGAAACUUCUUACAGCAGCACAGACCAAGACCAAGUAGAGGAGUGGUCAGUGGAGACUCAGAUGAGCUCUCUCCAGCACCACCCCUCAGCACAGCUGGCUCCAGAGCCAGCCGUUACUGUGAACCCAGUCGCUCCCACUCCUGCCACUGACCCGGUGGUCAGAAAACAGGCGGUGCAAGACCUCAUGGCCCAGAUGCAAGGGACAUACAACUUUAUGCAGGACUCCAUGUUGGAAUUUGAUGGCCAGGCUCUGGACCCAGCCAUCGUUUCUGCACAGCCCAUGAAGCCUCUGCAGGCUGUUGACUUGCAUCCGAUGGGUGGCCCUUCAAUAGUCCACUCAGAACCAAGGCUUUCCCAAACAACUACAGUAUCUGGACCACAAGAAUCCUCCCGAGCUUCUAUGUCUUUGUCAGCUGAACAUUUGGCUGCCUCAUGUUCCUUGUCUACCGCCUUCCCACCUGUCUCCAAACCCACCCACUCUGGAGGCAUCAAUGUGAACGCAGCACCUUUCCAGUCAGUGCAAGCGGUUUUCAACCUGAAUGCACCCGUACCUCCACCCACCGACGGUCAAGCAGAACCUCUGCAGCAGUCCAGCCAGUUUCCUGGUGGCUUUGCUCAGGGCUUUAACAGCCAAUCGGAGGAUGCCGUAGAGCAGCUGGAAAUGCCACAGGAACGGUUACAGUCAGUUGUUGGUGGGUUCCAGUCCCAAGACCAAGUUAUCCCCUCAGCGGGAAACGAUGAGGAUUCCUCUGCCGGAGCAGGGUUUGGGCAGUCCAGCCAGUCCUUCUACAACAGCAGGGCCGUUCCCAGAGGUGGACCCAGGAAUGCCCGGGGAGUGAUGAAUGGAUACCGGGGCUCCUCCAAUGGAUUCAGAGGAGGAUAUGAAGGAUAUCGUCCUUCCUUUUCAAAUGCUCCUCCCACCAGUGGGUAUGGCCAAACCCAAUUCAGUGCAUCUCGGGACUAUUCCAACAGCAGCUACCAGCGGGAGGGAUACCAGCAAGGCUACAAGCGAGGCACUGCUCAAGGAUCUCGGGGUUUGUCUCGGGGGAACGCUCAAGCAAUGCGAUCCUAAUGAAUUUUACGGACCAUCACGUUGGACGCCACGUUGAACAUUCAGGAUAUUGAAUGUGUUUGCCCUAGCUCACUUUUUAAGUGUUUCCUUUCUAACAAGUAACCUUUUUUUUUUAUUUUUAUUUUUUUACUUUUGGCCCACUUAAGAGUCAGCCUGCUUUGGUCUGUCUAGGUCCACUUCGUGUUUGAACACAACAUGCAGAAGUUCAUCACAUGUAGGAUUCUCAGCGAGUCUAUGUGUGUGUGCGUAUGUGUUGUAAAACUACAAAUAGAUAUUCCUGUAAACUUGAAAGAUUUCAUUAAUUUAUUUUUUUUACAAAAUAAAUGCAAAAAACCCCAACCCUGCCACUGUUAAACUGAUUCCAUGAGAAUAUUUAUUCUCUUGUGCCCUGAGCUCUCAAACACUUUUUUCCUUUUAAUCUUAUAAUUUUCAUAAAGACAUUUUGUUUUUUAACUCAUCUGUUGCAGCAUAACCCAUUUGUACACUGAUAUUGGUUGAGACUGUUUCAAUAAAGUUGUAUCCUAAAAAGCUG